AUGUUUACACCUGCCUGCGUGACCCAGCCCCGCACCCGAGAGCCCCGCACCCGAGAGCCCCGCACCCGAGAGCCCCGCACCCGAGAGCCCCGCACCCGAGAGCCCCGCACCCGAGAGCCCCGCACCCGAGAGCCCCGCACCCGAGAGCCCCGCACCCGAGAGCCCCGCACCCGGCCCUGCCCGCAGCACCGGCGCUUCCCGCCGAGGCUGCCAGAGGGCAGCAGAAGCCGCGGAACCGGCGGCGGGGCCGGGAACGGGCCGGGCCGGGAGGGCGGAGGGCGGAGGAGGAAGGCGGGGGGAUGCUCUUCCCUCCCUCUCUCCCUCCCUCGUCGCGGCCGGAGGAGCGCGCAGGCGGCUGCUGGCAGCUCCGGCGGGCGGCGCGGCCGGCUCGGGAGCGCGGAGCGGUGCGGUGCGGAGCGGUGCGGGCUCCGGCCCCGGCCCCCCUCGCUGGGGCAGCCGGCGCGGCGGUGUUGGAGGCUUGCUUGCUGGUCACCACGUGCUGAGGCCAUGGCGCUGAGGCUCCCGGGAACUGGGUCGCUCUCUCUUGUUAGCCUUGGAGUCCUAGGCCUGGUUUUGGCUCUCCCUGCUGAUGCCGGGCUGUCUCAGAAGCACGUUUCAGAUGUCGUUGAUGACAGCAAAGACAACAUCACCAUUUUCACCCGCAUACUGGACAGGCUCUUGGAUGGAUAUGACAACCGCCUGAGACCUGGACUUGGAGACAGUGUAACUGAAGUCAAGACAGACAUUUACGUGACAAGUUUCGGCCCUGUCUCGGACACAGAUAUGGAGUACACUAUUGAUGUCUUUUUCCGGCAAUCCUGGAGAGACGAAAGGCUGAAGUUUGAUGGUCCCAUGAAAAUCCUUCCCCUCAACAACCUGCUGGCCAGUAAGAUCUGGACUCCUGACACCUUCUUCCACAACGGGAAGAAAUCUGUUGCCCAUAACAUGACAACACCCAACAAGCUGCUGCGCCUGGUGGACAAUGGCACCCUCCUGUACACCAUGAGGCUAACGAUUCAUGCAGAGUGCCCCAUGCACCUGGAGGACUUCCCAAUGGAUGUGCAUGCUUGCCCGCUGAAAUUUGGGAGCUAUGCCUACACAAAGACAGAGGUGAUCUACACCUGGACACUGGGAAAGGAUAAAUCAGUGGAAGUAGCGAAGGGUGGAUCUCGCCUGAACCAGUAUGACCUGCUGGGCCAUGUUGUUGGGACAGAGAUGGUUCGAUCUAGCACAGGGGAGUAUGUCGUCAUGACCACACACUUCCACCUCAAGAGGAAGAUUGGGUACUUUGUGAUCCAGACCUAUCUACCCUGCAUCAUGACAGUCAUCCUGUCCCAGGUCUCCUUCUGGCUUAACAGGGAGUCUGUUCCUGCCCGAACAGUUUUUGGUGUCACCACUGUCCUCACCAUGACCACCCUAAGCAUCAGCGCAAGAAACUCCUUACCUAAGGUGGCGUACGCGACGGCCAUGGACUGGUUCAUAGCCGUCUGUUAUGCCUUCGUGUUUUCUGCGCUGAUCGAAUUUGCCACCGUCAACUACUUCACCAAGCGCAGCUGGGCUUGGGAUGGCAAGAAGGUGCUGGAGGCCCAAGAGAUGAAGAAAAAAGAGCCAGUGGCACUAGCGAAGAAAACCAACAACACCUACAACAUUGUUGGCACCACAUAUGCUCUCAACAUUGCCAAGGACCCUGGCCUGCCCACCAUCUCCAAGAGUGCUGCUGCCACUGCUGCUGCCACCAAUGUACCCCCCAAGAUGCCCCGCAUAGAGGAGAAGAUCUCAGAGAGUAAGAAGACAUACAACAGUGUGAGCAAGGUAGACAAGAUGUCCCGCAUCGUCUUUCCAGUCCUCUUUGCCAUUUUCAACUUAGUCUACUGGGCCACGUAUGUAAACCGGGAGUCAGCUAUCAAGGGAAUGAUCCCCAAACAAUAAAACAGGUCACACAAACCUUCCAUCACUGAGCACCAUCCAGGCAGGAAUUCUCCAGGGCUUUCUUCUUCACUCUUCUGUUUAAUUAUUGUUGUUAAUUUGAUAUUAUUAUUAUUAUUAGAUUGUUCUUUUAUAAUGUAAACAAAACUGUAAUUUUAAUUUAAUCCCAUUUAGUUUAGUUUUGUUUUACUUUGAUGAUGAAAAGGGAAACAAAAAGGAUCAUAAAAAGUUGUGCCUCUAACAUCACGAGUCUGAUGUCCCCCAUCUGUCCAAGUCACCCUGUGCUUCCAUCUCUCCUCCUCCAUCUCCUGUCGUUCCUGUGGUGUGCAUGUCACUGCCAUUCCACACUCUGCUGCUGCAGUCCACCCAUCUCAUCUCCUCAUCUUCUGUGAUAGACUGCCCUGGCAUGGUGGAUGCUCCUGGUGGCCUGAGCUGAAGGAUGUGGAGGCCUCAAGAGUCAAGCCAGUCAGCCAGGCUGCUCUUCAGUGCCUGGUGCUUUGUGCUAGGUGGUACUCGCAGGGCUGUGGAUGCAGGUCAGCUGGUCCACUGGGGGAGCAGUGCAACACGUAGCCCGAUGCCUGCUGGGCUGAACCCACCACUGCUGUGGUCAGUGGAGUCAUUGCAGGGGUGGAACAGGGUGGUAGCAUCUUGAGGGUAUCUGUAGUGCUUCUUCCUCUGUCUUCACCAAACCCAGAUGACGGUUUGCUCCAUAUCUCUCCUCAGACAAGAACAGGUAAGAAAGAUCUUGUCUGUCUGCCAUCCUGCUCUCUUGGGGCAAUUCAUGGCAGAAGGGUCAGUCAGGAAGUCAAGACAGGAGCUUUAUAAUGCCUUGGAGGAGACAGCAGCUAUGAGGCCACAUGCAUUCAGCAUCAGGACUAGAAGCCAUAGAGCUCAUGUUCAGAUGGGUGAUUUAUCACUUUCUCUUGGCCCCACCCACUUACCCUGCUUGGAAUCUCCUCCCUGUCCCAGCACCUUCAUCCAGCUCCCAAUUCAUCUUCCUGUGGCUGCUCAGAAGUGCUCAGUAGUACUUCACUGCUUCUGGGUGGCUUUAGGCAGAGAAGCCCCUGCCUCUCAGGUAAGUCACACUGACAGGGAGGAGCACAGCCCAGGGAUAAUCAGAUCAUGAUGCAUCCCUGGUACAUCAGAGAAGCAGCAAUGUUGGCUUAGAACAGCUCAGGUUCAGGCUGUAGGACACACCAGGAGCUGUUCUGCCACCUGUGGGGAUGAGUCAGGGAACAGCUGGUCCCCAGGUACCUCCCUGCCCCUUGUAAUCAGCACUUUUUGCAUGCAUGCAGCCAGGCCAAGGCCCCAGCAGCCCCAAGGUAAUGCCUUCAGCAUCGCUCUGAGCCGCUGUGCCAAGCUCAGUUUCCCCUUGCCUGUGCAGGAGCCCCCGUGCAGGGCUGAGCACAAGGCACAGGAUUUGCCCCACCUGGAAUAUCCAUGUGAAACAGCAGGACAGAGUGAGGGAGGCUGGGGGACAUUGUCCUGCAGCGUGGGUGGCACUGGUGCAUGUCCUGCCGUCCUUUACCAGUCUUGCUGGCUCACCAGCAGUGCCAUUGCUCCCCCUUCCUAUGGCUGCAGUGAGGAGAGGAGCUCGGAGGGGAGCUGGGAGCUGUUUAGCACAGCUGCCGCAUCCAGGAGCGUGUCCACACCAGUAGGCAGCACUGGCCAAGAGGUGGCAGCCCCGAACACGAGCUGAUGCUAAGGAAACCAGCUCUCUCCCCACCCAGCCCCUGCACCCCAGCUGCCCAUGACAUUUCUACAGGGCCUUUCAUCCCCAAGGGCUGCCCGCUGGGUGGUGAGGAGGGCAAAGCCCAGGACCCCUCCCACUUUGCAAACAGGAUCGAGCUGGAGGAGCAGAGGGAGGGUGCACCAUCUCCAGCCCUUGUGCUGGGCAGGGGGUACGUCCCAGCUACUUUUGCACCUGGGCACCCAGUUCCCCUUGGCACUGGCUGCUGCUGCUGCAGCCACCCCACUCCAGCAGAACUGCCCCCACCCCCAGCUUUGUACCUCUCACUGCUGAGACCCCUGUGCUCCCUCCAUGCCAGCACUGUCCCCUCCAGCAGCAAGUGCCAUUGCUGCCACCCUUCUGCUCCCCAGGCUUUCUGGGGAGAAGUGCUAUGCUUAACUGACCGUGAGGCUGUUUGUUUUGAAAACUACUUGGAUGUCAUUUUCUUAAAUAAGCUAGAUGAAGUAUAUCUCAUAAAACAUUCAUGUCACUAUAAUACUCAGGCCAAAGUGAAUGGAACAGAAACCCUAUGAAGAUAAAAACAAACACAAUAAAGUGGUAAGAAAGAGUCUAUUGUGUUUACUCACAGAAUUACAUCAAAGGCAAAUUUAAAUAUGGGAUCCAGUGGCUUAGCUGACUUGAGCUGGCCCUGGUGCAGAGGUCAUCUCCUCUGCUAGCCUGGGUAUUCCCAAAAAUUCCUUUUACCCAGAAGGCCACAUCCUACCAUGCAUCACUUCACUAUGUGUUCCUGUGUCUGUCAGUGCCUGCUGCAUAGAGCUCUCCUUAAAUUGUCAGGGCCUGCUGUUGUCUUGUCAGCAACCCAAGCACCUGCAGGCACUGCCUUUGCUGCCCACCCAGGGCCACACAGGCUCGGUGUGACAGGGUGACUGUCAAGGUGCUGGACCUCGGUGUGGUGCCAGGCACAGCAUGGGGGCACCACCUGAGCCUCCUCCUCCUGGGAGUGAUCACUCUCUUCCCUCCCCAGGACACAGCCCACUGCUCUGGCUUGAGGUGACACCCGUCUGCUGGCUCAUCUUUGCUCUUCCUGACUCUAAAAACUUUGCUCUCUGCAUCAUAAAAGGCUGCCUUCCUGGGUCUGUGUGAGCACGCCUUGAAAGCCAAGUCUAUUCCCACUGAAGCCUGGCACUGGCUUCAAGUCUUUUUGCCAGCUGGAAGCAGAAAUACUGGCAUCCUUUGGUUAAGGACAACAAACCAAACAGGAUUUGUAGUUGGGCUUCCAAGCAGGGAAGCAUUUCGGGAAGAUAGUUAUAAAUAAGUGGUUUAAAAUCUCCUGCCAGCAGACAUCACAAAGAAGAUAAUGUUCUUUUUUUAAAAAAAUAUAAAUCUGUCAGCAGCUCAGAUUGGGACAUUUCCUUCCCAGCUAAUACCAGGCUAUUGAUGGGGGCUUCUUCUCAGGGCACACAGGGCCAGAGCUAACCCAGUGUCAGUUACUGGGGUUCACUGCUUGCUGUGGUAGCAGCCAUAAGGGCUUCAUUUUUAUAAUUGGUCCUGAAUAGGAAUAGAUGACCAUUGAUUGUCUAAUGACAGUUGUGCCCAGUGGACACUUUGUGUCACUGUGAAUCUCAGUACUCCAGUAUUUCUUCUGGCAAGGCCCAAAGUCACCUUGACUUGAUGAGAGUCUCCCAGGCAGGAAUUAGAAGUCUUUACUGGUGAUAAGACUGAUCUGUUCAGUCUGUGCUCCUUGUCUUGUAGCUUUCACCACCUGAGACACACGCAGUGCAGUCCAAGCCUGCAGUUGCGUUCCUCCUAAAAACGUCAGAGGGACAUUUUCCCUCUUCCCUUCUCAGAAACUGCAUGUGGGCAAAAGCACUGUGGCUUCUGGGAGCUCCAUUCCUGGGGAGGCAGGUGAUGGUUUAGCUGAGGUCCUCCAAGCUGGCAGGAGAGGCAGCACAUGGUGGCUGCAAGUGCUGUGUUAGUGUUGUGACAUUUCUGCAGGGUGACAUGAGAGGGAUGCAGGAGAAAUGGUCCCUUGGUGCCAUCCGUUCUUCUAGAGGGCUGACAGAAUUACUCCCAAACAACAUCUCAAAAGCUUCUUGAACACCACUGAGCAGGACUGUGGCACCUGGGACAGAGCUUCCCAGUUCUCCUCCAUACACCAAGCUCAGCAUAAGCAAAGUAGGCUUUGUCACUCCCUAGGUUUUACAGACAAGUGCUGUCUGUAAGGUGACCCCCAUCCUGAUCCCCACCAGCUUGGUGGCACUGGCAGGAUCCUAGUCUGUUUGCUGUAGGACAUCUCCUGUGCAAACUGUCCCUAUGCUUGCUGUUCUCAGACACAAACCAUGCAUGCAAACAAGGUCACAAUCAACCUCUUUCUACAAGCUUAUCCUAUGGACAAAAGGUGCAUUCAUUGCUCAUCUGCUGCCUUGAUUUCUUCUGUCUGUAUCUUGGAUUCCUUUCAGCCAUCCCUUGGGGAGGAUUAUAGGACUGCAACUCAUACCAGGAAGGGAUUUUCUUGCUCCAGAUCACCUCACAUGACAAGACCUUCUGUUCUGCUAAGAACCUCUCGCAGACCUUCAGAAACCUGGGGCUGUUGCCUCUCCCACAAGGUGCUGUAGAAACAGCCUCUUUGCAGUUCUCUUUGCAGCUCUGGUGGAACAGAGCAGGUAGAAGCAGACUGCUGGUACAGGAAGGGUCAUGGGCAAAGGCAAGUGGCUACUGAGAACAGGUACCACACUCUCCCUGCUUACCAGACAGGACCAAGCAGCUCCUGAUAGGCUCCCUUGAGGAAUGACUUGGCUGGGACAUGUUGAUGCCCCCCUUCCAUGUGCUUGGUCCUGGGGGUGGUGGAGAGCCAGCGUGGGGCCCUGUGACUCAACCAUCACAACACGCUGCAUCAGGCCACCCCUCGCUCCAGGCCCUUUUCCCAAAUUGUGUGCCACUCUGGGACACCCACCCAAUCUGUGUGGAUUUUGCAGACUGGAGAGAAACAACAUUUUCCUGACUCCUCAGUGGCUUUGGGGGGUGAGGAGGGCUCAGCCAGGGCAAGAGGCACAUUCAUGAAAGCAUAAAUGCUCUAUUAAUGUCAAAGGAGGGAGAAAAAAACCCAAACAAUUCAGCAAUCCUGUCUCCAUAUCAAGCUAAACUGAUCCUGAAGGCAUUUUUGGCAAGAGGCCACAGCACAGAUGAGAUUGAUGGCUUUGAGGUAUAAAUAUUUACUGUUUGACCUUGUUCAGUCAGCCAAAGGUUUCUACAUAUAUAUAUAUAUAUGCAUAUGCAUAUGUGUGUGUGUAUAUUUAUGCUCACAAACUCUUUCUCUCCAAAAGUCAGACCUCAUUUUCUUUGAAAGAGAAAAUGGCUCCUUUCAGUUCUUUUACUUCACUCAUUCUCUUUGCUAAGUCUUCUGGAAGGAGGUGCAUCCCUCGCUGCUGGUCCUCAGAUGGCUUUGGGAGGAGGAGCAAGGGAGCAAUGUCUCUCUCCAUGCUGGGGUCCAGGGGCAGGUUUGCUGCCUGGACCAAGGUCAUUCCUGGCAGCACUGCUCAAUGCCUUUCCAGAAAACUUAGUCCCAAAUGUCACAACUUAGAGCUCUAACACAGCCCCUGGCCUGUCCCAGAUACUGGGGUGUUCCCAGGAAGGCAGCAUGGCUUUUCCACAGCUGAAUUCCAUAAGGAAUUAGUCCUCACCCCAUAUCACAUCCAGAGAAUGUAUAGCUGAGCAGUGCAAAGGGGAGUGAGGUCUCCACCCAGAGCCUGUUUCUAGAGGGAACACAAAACCUGGUGGGAUCCAUUCCAGCUGUUCCUGGCCAAAGUCACACCAUAGGUAGGGGCUUUGCUCCAGCUUGGGCUCCUCUGCCAAGCAAAGGUAAGUGCUGGCACACGGGUACUGCCUGCUGCUCAGCCAGGUGGGAUGUGCUGAUCCGUGACUAUGUGCUCUUAGACCUUUGCUUCUGCUGUGGCCUGGACCCGCUCCAGGUCUCCCCUCAGCACAAGCAGGACCAAGGACAGCGGCUGCGCAGGCGGUGCAGCCACAAGUGAGCAGUGUGCAGGCCCUAGCAGGGGUAGGCAGCAUCAGCUCCCUUGGUGUCCCCCUUUGUCUCCUCCUGUCUGACGAGAAGCCUUUAGGCAGUGAUCCUGCAACUGCACUUGUAGCUCCCAUCUCCCCUCAUCUGCUGCUGGAGAAAGGCUCCUGUGCCGUGUGGUGUCCCAGCCAUGGGAAUGAAGGAUGUCACCACCCACAAGCAAACAAAGCCAGUUGUCUUUCUGGGUCUAUGCCUGCCUCCCACCAUGGGAAUUUGUGCUGCUUUAAACAGCAGAGAGUCUUAGGUUUGGAUUCAUCCUAACAUCUGACCUGUCAUCCUUCACAAGUGGGGUUAUGCUGGUUUUUGCUUUUGAAGCUGUAGGUCAAAAUGUUGUGUUCUAGCUACUCUUUCCAAUUCUCCACUCUCCCUAGCAGUGCAGGUCUCUUCUGUGCACAGCUUUAAUGAUCCCAUCUACCUAGUAAUGAAAGCCUGGUCCCAGGUUUGCUACAUGUGCCAGGAUGCUCAUGCAGUCUUGAAGUCUUCUUGCUCCUCAAGGUCCGGUCAACUUGACAAGACUCAUGUUGCACUGCUAGCAGCUCUCUUUCUCCUGAAAAGUCUAUUGACUCCUGUCUUUUUGCAGGGCACCCAGCAAAUGUAACAGCAACCAUCCAUUGAAUGGUUUGAUUUUUCAAUUACAAAGAGGAAGGGCAGAGUUGGGAAACCUGAGUCAUUGCCACAUUGCCUUUGCCAACCUGUAUUUAGAGUUGAAGGGCUCCUCUCAGCUGUCACCAGGGAGUUCCUCAGCCCACCAAAUCUCAUCAGGUGGCCACAAUUAUCCCUUCAUUAACUAGAUUUUCUCUGACAACUGACAUGGGGAUAGCCACAGGCAAAUGUCCUAUCUGAAGCCAAGGGCACCUGCUGCUGCUUUAGCUGAAGUGCUGGUGCUCAGGGUAAGAAAAGUUACAUGAGCAUCAUGCUGGGGCAGCCCAUCAUGGGAAGGAGCACACCACAACAAACCACCAGAGAAUAUGCUCAUUUUUCACUGCCUCAGGUUUAGUCUGUGUCCCAGUAUGUCUUCUGCUUUCUUUUCCAUCUUGUGAGACUCUUUUUACUCCACUAUGAGAAAGAAUCUAGCUGGCAGCAGUUUAAUGCAUGACAAUCCUGUUAUUACAGCUGUAAAUAAUUAACAACUAGGAAAAAAAAAUAAUGAAUUUUUAAAACAUUUUGGUGGACUUUAUUUUCUCUGUUGACUAGCUGGUAGCCACUUUCUUAAGGGAUUUCUCAUGGAAACUGUGACCUUUCUUCUCUCUAGUUCUCCCUCUCUUUCUUUCUGAUAUUUGUGUUUCAAAUGCUUUUUGGUGCAAUGUUCAAUGCCUGUUUGUAUUUUUGAAUCGUAUUUUUCAACCUUUGCUGGAAAAAAAAAAUAAUAAUUGCCCCAUUCUAAUCAGCAGGAUUUUGAGUCCUGCAAAUUUUUUCAGCUUUUAGCUUUUUCAGUAAGGUAAAGCAACAGAAAAACGUCUGAAAAAUGACACUGAAGUUCUGAAGAGAGAUUAGAGAAUGUCAGAAACAACAACUACAUUAAUAAGAUCAGCAAGCUGAGUGGAGGAGAAGGACUCUUUUGACCACCUACUAACCUCCUGAGAUAACACACAAGGCAGGACUAGACAUCUUCACUGAAUUAAAUCACUCUGCUUUUCCACUCUACCCACUCUCUCGAACUCUGAUCAAAACAAAUAAAAAUUCAUAUUUUAAAAAA